AUGGACCCUCCAAGACUUGUAACUGUCUUUGGUGCGACUGGUGCCCAAGGGAGCGGCGUCCUCAACACUGUUUUGUCUUCGGUGGACUUGAAAGCAAAAUACCGUCUCAGGGCUGUCACUCGCAGUCCAGACAGCGCCAAGUCUCUGGCUUACAGAAAAAACGGCGUGGAGGUAGUCUGGGGUGAUUUGAAUGAUCUCGAGUCUCUUAAGACUGCCGUCAAGGGCUCCUAUGGCGUCUUUGGUAUGACCGAUUAUUGGUCUAUUCACUCCAAGGACAUCGAAAUGCAACAGGGUAAGAAACUCUUCGAGGCCGUGAAAGCUGAGGGCGUUCGACACUACGUCUGGUCAUCCCUCCCAUGGGCUGAGAAACUCACGGGCGGAAAGCUCACCCAACUGCCAUACUUUGACGGGAAAGCUAUCGUGGAAGCCCACAUAGAGGAAAAUAAAGAAGAUAUGAUUGUAUCCUACUUUAUGCCAGCUAUGUUCUUCAGCUUCAUCGAAAACUUGAUUCGUGGAGGCCAGGACAAUAACCCACACUUGACACUUCCAAUUUCAUCUACGUCUGCGCUCUGGCCAUUUAUUGACCCUCCACGAGAUGGCGGCAAAUAUAUCAUGGGCCUAUUCGAAGCCGGUAGUAAGAGCAAUGGCGUGAGAGUUAACGCCGUAAGCUGCUGGACAACUCCGAGGGAACUUGUUGCAACUUUGAGCGAAGAGGGCGGUAAAAAUGUCUCUCUGAAGACUAUUUCCCCAGAAACAUUUGCUAAAGAUUUUCCUGACAACAUUUCUGGCCAAUUAACGGAAACACUUAUUAUGGCUAUCGAGCACGGGGUAUACGGAAGGGGAGAAGUAAAGAAUCAAGACGACCACGACAAAUGGCUAGUUUCAGGAAGUGACAAGAAAAUUACCCUGCAGGAAUGGGUUCAACAAAAUGGGCCCUGGACAUUUGAAACAAGGAGCUUCUUUGACAAUUUGGCGGCACAGAAAGCCAAUAGUUUAGCAGAAAAUGGGCACUGA